CGUACCCCGGGGCUGCCCAAGGUAUAGUGACGGUGAUUGUGUCCCCCGGGGCUGCCCAAGGUAUAGUGACGGUGAUUGUGUCCCCCGGGGCUGCCCAAGGUAUAGUGACGGUGAUUGUGUCCCCCGGGGCUGCCCAAGGUAUAGUGACGGUGAUUGUGUCCCCCGGGGCUGCCCAAGGAGAGGAAGAUGGCUGACCUGAGCAUAUCCACGACGACAGGCUCACAAAACUGUGUGGAGGGUGUGAGAGUGUUUGAGGAGUACAGCCUACACCUCCUCCCUCACAACCCCGCCUGGCUCACCACUGCCCCGGCCUGGGUCACUAGUCUUUCCCUCCCUCACCACACACUGCUGGCUAACAUUCAGAAGUGGUCACAAGAAUUAUCAUGGAAAACACAUUUAUCGGAGGAAGAUAGGAGGGGCGUGGCUCCCCCCCUGAGGGUUGGGGUGAACCAAAUGUACGGGCGUCACCUGGUGGCAGCACGGGACAUGAGGGCAGGAGAGGUAGUCUUGGUGGAGCCCCCGUUGUUAUUAGCACUGAGGGCUAAGUCACCGCCCUACUGCUCCAGGUGUUACAGACGAGCUGAACACUUUACCUGUCCCGGGUGCGGCUUCUUUUUGUGUGGUGUAGAGUGUAUGACGGAGAGUCACCAGGAGGAGUGCGCCGUCUUCCGACGAUUGGGUCUGGCUGAUCCGCCUCAAGAUGAAAGACAGAAAGAGGAAGAACUUAUGUGUGAGCGAGUAGCUGCCAUGCCUUCUGAGCAGCGGGCCCAGGCACAGGCGCUCCUGCAGCAGGCACGCAAGACUGCCUUACAGCAAAGACGUUUAGAUGUUCUGCGUCAGUACAUGGUGCAGCCCGCCGUGCGGACACUCCUCACCAUGAAUCAGAGUGACUUAAAGAGAAAACUUAUUCUGUCACUGCAAGGAAACUCAGAUACGGGAUCACAGCGUUACAGAAUUAACCAGAAGCGUAUUGUAGAUGUAGUAAUAAACCAGCUGCAAGCUGCCACAGACCCGACACUUGUGCAUCAAGUGUGUUCCGUGUGGGACACUAACGGCUUUGAGGUACCACUGGGUUGGGGCACUCGCGUACACGGCCUCUACCCCCUUGCCUCUCUGCUGACCCACGACUGUCGCGCCAACACGCAGCAGUGGUUUACCGCCGACGGUCACCUGGUGCUGAGGGCCGUCGAUCACAUUCCCGAGGGCUCCGUCCUCACCACCUGCUACACCGACCCUCAGUGGGCCACCCUUCUCCGCCAGGACCAUCUGCGGGUUUCCAAGCAGUUCACCUGUACCUGCACACGUUGCCUAGACCCCACCGAGAUGGGCACCUUCAUGGGGUCUCCACUGUGCCAGGGCUGUGGUGGACCUCUCGUCUCCUCCGCUCCUCUGGACCCAAAAUCUGACUGGAUAUGUCACUCCAGGUGCCCACACACCGCCACGGCCAAGGAGGCGGCGGGGGUCGGGGCGCAGGUGGGUGGGAGUCUCCGCGGCUUGAGUCCCACAGACGCCGCAGCACUCAACGCCAUGGCUAGUCAUCUGAAGUCCACACUCUACCCGACACAUCACGUCCUCCUCCAACUCCACGUCUCCACCCUCGGGACCAUCGUCAACAAAGACCUCUCUGAGAUGCCUGUUGAGGAGAUAAGGACUUUAGCAGCCAUCUCCAGCUUGGUGACGGGCGUGAUAAAGCAGGUGGAGGCCCCACUUACUAGGCUCACAGUGAGGAUGGCCAGGGAGGAGGUGAGACUACAGCUACAGUUGGCACGACGUGGCCAUGGAGAUGAACGCCUCGCCUCCAAGAACAAACUCAAGGGGUUGUCGAGGCAGGUGGCGGACUGUGAACUGGUGUUGGGAUGGGAUGACCGGAUGCCGCCAUUUUCAGCCGUCCUGCGUGACUACCAGGCGCUCAUGGAGGAACAGUGAAGGUGAAACGAUAGUAAUGGAACAGUGAAGGUGAAACGAUAGUAAUGGAACAGUGAAGGUGAAACGAUAGUAAUGGAACAGUGAAGGUGAAACGAUAGUAAUGGAACAGUGAAGGUGAAACGAUAGUCAUGGAACAGUGAAGGUGAAACGAUAGUCAUGGAACAGUGAAGGUGAAACGAUAGUAAUGGAACAGUGAAGGUGAAACGAUAGUAAUGGAACAGUGAAGGUGAAACGAUAGUAAUGGAACAGUGAAGGUGAAACGAUAGUAAUGGAACAGUGAAGGUGAAACGAUAGUAAUGGAACAGUGAAGGUGAAACGAUAGUAAUGGAACAGUGAAGGUGAAACGAUAGUAAUGGAACAGUGAAGGUGAAACGAUAGUAAUGGAACAGUGAAGGUGAAACGAUAGUAAUGGAACAGUGAAGGUGAAACGAUAGUAAUGGAACAGUGAAGGUGAAACGAUAGUAAUGGAACAGUGAAGGUGAAACGAUAGUAAUGGAACAGUGAAGGUGACGAGAUAGUAAUGGAACAGUGAAGGUGAAACGAUAGUAAUGGAACAGUGAUGGUGAAACGAUAGUAAUGGAACAGUGAAGGUGAAACGAUAGUAAUGGAACAGUGAAGGUGAAACGAUAGUAAUGGAACAGUAAUGAAGGAACAGUGAUGAAGGAACAGUGAUGGAGAAACAUGCAAGGUUAAAAGAACAUUUUCUGACACGGAUAGCAAGGUUUUUUUUUUAUGUAUAUAUUUGGUUCCAAUAUCGUGUAACUCUUGUAAGUUUAAAUAAAGUUAUUUUGAUUCUA